AACAAGAUGGCGGCAGCAGGUCCGAGUACUCGGGCCUCUUCUGCGGCGGCGGCGGCAGCUCUGAGUCGGCGGGGCCGGCGGGGACGUUGCGACGAGAUGGCGGCAGCUAAGACUGGGACUCAGGGCGCGGCCUCUGGGCCCGCGCUGUUGGUAUUGCCACCGCCCUUGCUGCAGCCGCCGCCGGCGCCGCGGCCGGAGGUGUCGGGCUGCGCGGGGUGCCUGGAGCCCCCGGGGGAAGCGGCGGCCCUGCCGUGCGGCCACUCGCUGUGCCGAGGCUGUGCCAAACGCUCCUCCGACGCGGCUGGCCCGGGUUGCCCGCGCUGCCGCGCCCGAGGCCCGGGUUGGGCCCGCCGUCGGGCCCGCGACGACAGCCAGGCCGACGCGGAGGUGCUGGGCGAACGCAUCCGCCGGAGCCAGCCCGAGCGCUGCCGCCCGCGCCGCGACGGGGGUGCGGCCGCUGCGGGGCCCAGGCCGGAGCAGGAGCCGCGCGCCGCGCCUGCGGAGCCAGACUUUAUAUUUAGAGCACCAAUCAAAUUAAGCAAGCCUGGGGAACUUCGUGAAGAAUAUGAAAGCCUGAGAAAGCUGAGAGAAGAAAAGUUACAAGAGGAAAAAACCUCUGAAGAUCAAAUCCACAAGCCGUUACCAGAGGAUACAGAAACAGGGAAAAGGAAAAUGGAUGAACAGAAAAAAAGAGAGGAGCCAUUAGUACUGAAAACAAAUCUGGAAUGUUGUCCUGCACGUCUCUCAGACUCAGAGAAUGAAGAACCUUCUCGAGGCCAGAUGACACAGACACAUCGCUCGGCAUUUGUUUCCAAGAACAGCUCCUACUCCUUAGCGUUCCUGGCAGGGAAGCUAAACUCCAAGGUGGAGAGGAGUCAGAGCUGUAGUGACGCAGCUCAGGAAAGAGUGAAGAGCAGACUCAGAGCAGCUCCAGCCAACAAAGCCAAGGUCACAGCUAUGACUCCAGCCUCCAACCCCAUCAUUGGUGUCCUCUUUUCCACUCAAAACAACCGCUGCCUCUCGGCCCCUGACUUAACCAUUGAAAAGCGUCUACCCUUUAGCUCCCUCUCAUCCUUGGCUUCCCUGCAUAAACCAGAGCGUUCUAUCAGCCCUGAGAGCAAUGACAGCAUCUCUGAAGAACUAAACCAUUUCAAGCCCAUUGUCUGCUCACCAUGUACGCCUCCCAAGAGACUCCCUGAUGGCCGUGUGCUAAGUCCCCUCAUCAUCAAAUCAACACCCCGCAACCUAAACAGAAGCCUACAGAAGCAGACUUCUUAUGAGGCCAGUCCACGGAUCCUCAAAAAGUGGGAACAGAUCUUUCAGGAGCGGCAGAUCAAAAAGACCCUUUCGAAAGCCACUCUUACCUCCCUGGCUCCUGAAACAGGGGAAGACUUACUAGGCUCUGAAGUUACCCAUGCUAGCAAAGAGAAACCACUUCUGUCUUCAAAUACAAGAUUGUCUAGUGGGCAAGUACUCUCCGAGUGUACUGGACCCGCUUCCACUGACCUGGAUUAUUUCCCCUCUGUUAGCCAAACAAGAGCAGAACAGGACAGUGAUAGUAAAAGGAACACUGAGAUCCCAUUGGAAACCUGCUGUUCCUCAGAACUCAAAGGGGGAGCUAGUGGGACUUUGGAGAGGGAACCAUUUGAGGGGUCAGGGUCGACCCCAGAUGCCAAGUUAGACAAAACCUGUAUAAGUAGAGCCAUGAAAAUCUCAGCAGUUAAUUCAGUGCUACCCAAAAACAGUGUUUUGGGUGGAGUCCUCAAAACAAAGAAACAAUUAAAGACAUUAAAUCAUUUUGAUCUGGCUAAUGGUGUUCUAGUAGACAGCCUAAGUGAGGAGCCACUUCCUUCCUUGCGUCGGGGCCGGAAAAGACACUGUAAGACGAAGCACUUGGAACAAAAUGGCUCCCUUAAGAAAUUGCGACCAACCAGUGGUGACGUGGGUCUGGCCCCAGCAGACCCAGUAUUGCGAGAGAUGGAGCAGAAAUUGCAGCAAGAGGAAGAGGACCGACAGCUGGCUCUGCAGUUGCAGCGCAUGUUUGACAACGAGAGGCGGACUGUGAGUCGGCGAAAAGGAAGUGUGGACCAGUAUCUCUUACGGUCCAGCAACAUGACCGGGGCCAAGUAG